AUGGAUUCCGAAUAUCCGCCCUUGCCGUCUUCAAAAUCGAUUGGUGCUUCGCUCCAGAAUGUAUCACUUUCUGAUAGCGAUGGUGUAGCCCAAGGAUCCUCGAGAUCUGGAUCAGAGACGCCGGUUUCUGUACCUGUAACCAAUGGACGCGGGCAGAUCUCCAAGUCGCCUCAGCCAAAUACAAACACGCAGUUCAUUGUCGAUGGUGGCGACCUCAUCUUGGAGUAUACGCCCUCAAAGCAAACGCCUUUGGGCACAACAAAUGCACCAGUUACCUACCGCUGGAAGGUUUUUAGUGAAAGUCUGAUCCAGAGUAGUCCUUACUUCCGUGUUUUCCUGGAUCCUGAAAAGUUUUCCGAAGGCAGGAACUUCAUGAAGCAGCGAGAACUGCAUAGUUUUGAUGUAGAUCCUGGUUUGAAUGGAGAUGCAGACGCUACUGGUUUCCCUGAACAGGAUGAUGCGCUUCCAAUCAUGAGAAUGCCGGAGAAUCAUCUGUCACAUCGCCUAGGCCCGGACACCAUUGGCUUCUUUCUCAGGGUACUAUCCUUCAAUUCAUUCAAUGAGGAAGAGAAGGAAAGUUUUGAUGCAGAAGUCAAAUCUCAGCGGCCAUUAUUCAUUGCUGGAGUGAUAGAGAUGGCCGAUGCAUUUAACUCCCCACAAGCUGUCCGCGACACACUUAAACGCUCGGGCUAUACGCUGGGAAAGCCGAAACUCCCAUUAACCAAAUUCAACUCCUCGAUGUUGAAGCUGAACGAGGAUCGUGUCCGACAAUCCGCCUUUAUAGCAAGGUUCCUAAACGAUAGGACCAUAUUCCAAAUGCUAACCCAUGCUCUCAUCGUUUCUGGAUCAAGGUUUUGGGUCAAUGGUCUUGAAGCCCCAGAGCCUGGUGCUCUCAGCUGGCACCAUUUCGCCAACGGUAUCGAAGAGGAACUCUACUACCGCCGCCAAUGCGUGCUAGACACCAUCACCGACCUCCAAGCACAUUUCCUCCGCGUCUAUGGCGCGCUCGAGGACCCCAGCGGACCCAAGCGCAGCAACCCAUCAGCAACAUCAACACCAACAGCAGCAUCGCGUCAAUACCAAUGCCGCUGCGCGCUCGGAAACUCCAGCGCCUGCGACACAUUCCACCUCGGCCAAAUGACGCGCUUUUUCUCGCUCCGCACAAAAACCAUCUUCAUUGGGUCCACGCUGCUAGAUCCAGAUUUCAAUCCAGAUAUUGAAGAUGCCGAUGCAGAUGGAGACACAUAUGCAUAUGAAGACGCAGAAGCAGGAAAUCAACCAGAGCGCCCUCCAGAUAUCACAUCGGUAAUAUCUCUCCUGAAGCAGUGCCCGGAUUACCAGAUAGACUCGAACCACACGGCCUGCGGUAUCAGACGCCGGUUUCUUCCCUCCCUGGAUUGCAUUGAGGGCUUCGUCGGUGACGAGAGAGGCCUCCUGGGUGUGAAUUUGAACUAUUGGCGCGGAGAGGAGAAUAGGAGUGUAGGUGAAAGGAAAUGGCCUAAUGUCCUGGGAUCAUGGGCAAAUCGCUCUCAUCGUAGGGCAUAUGUGAUGGAUCUCCGUUUAUCCAGGAUCAGCGGAAUACCGUCGAUGUCGCCGGGUAGUGUUGCGGGGCAGUUCCGCGAGGAAGAUGCGAGGCUAUUGUUUACCGCGAAGAAAAGGAACUGGGAGUCCUGA